UGGAGCACACUUUUUGUGCUUGAGCUUGAGUCGGUGAAAAGCUGUGCUCGACGCUCGACGGAAUUUUGGAGAGGAGGUUGACGACGAGUUACGCAAAUCCGCCAUGCCUGGACGCCCACUUUGGCAGGUUGCUGGCAAGCGCGAAGCGAGUCAGGAAGCUGAAGCUCAACAAUGGAUCGAGACAGUAAUCGGGGAAAGAUUUCCACCAGGACUGAGUUAUGAAGAUGCCCUGAGAGACGGCCUUAUCUUCUGCAAGCUCAUGAAUAAAUUGCAGCCUGGUUUAAUUUCCAAGAUCAACACUUCUGGUGGAGAUUACAAGAUGAUGGAUAAUCUUAAUCAGUUCCAGAAAGCCUGUGUGAAAUAUGGAGUACCUGACGUUGAUCUCUUCCAAGCUGUCGAUCUGGUGGAACGUAAGAAUAUCGCUCAAGUGACGAACACCAUCUUCGCCAUCGGACGAACGACAUAUAAGCAUCCCGAAUGGCGUGGUCCUUGGCUGGGUCCGAAACCAGCGGAGGAGAAUAAGAGGUCCUUCACGGAAGAACAACUAAGGGCUGGCGAAGGACUUAUUGGUUUGCAAGCUGGUACUAAUAAGGGCGCUACUCAAGCUGGACAAAGCUUUGGAGCCACGAGAAAAAUACUUCUUGGAAAGUAAUUUUAGAAUUCAUAUAUUUUUUUAUUCUUAUAUUUUGUUUGCCAAAAUGAAUAUAAGUGACGUAGAAUUAUAUUAUUAAAAGUAAUAUGUUUAUAGCCAUAUGCACAAUGCAUUUUUAAAAGAACAAAUUGUGUUCUACAAUUCUUUUACUGUUAAAACCCGUUGAUGUAUACUGUAAUAAUAGUGCAUAAAAAUUAGACGCAUUAAUUAUUUUGCGUUUAGUAUAUUUACAUAUAAUGUGAAUGUAAUAAAAUAUAAUAAGUAAUACAUGUACGAACAAUGAGCUAAA